GAGUGUUCCUUGGUGUAAAAAAAAUAACAGGUCCGGUCCGGGGCUGCGCAGAGGGAUACCAACAAAUCAAAGGCACUGCUCCCGAAUUCUUUAAAGCAAAUUCGGGAAUGGAUAGUGUAUCCUUUCUUAUGUUGGUAUUAUGUCGGUACGAGUGGAAACAUUAACUGGAUGAUGCUCUUGUAAGGUAUAAGCUGUCUGGACUUCCAUUUUGAAGAAGGACUUCGGGAAUUUCACAUAAGCGGAUACGGGAGCGGAUAUGCAUGUCGAACCGAGGAGUUAGAAACUUGAAACACUGCAACGCCCAUGUCGCCGCGUUCGUGAUUCGCUUUGCAUGAUUCCCUGUGGAGGUGUUUUGGGUGUUCGUUUGUGUGGAGGCAAUUCCUCGUUGAGAAUAAAACACGCCCAAACGGAUUUGGUAGGGAGGACUGAAAAUGAAGUUCGAAGUCGUAUUCGUGGUGCUUGUAUGUUGUCUGCUCAGUGGAGAAGCCCAAUUUCCAGAAGAAUGUCACCCAGACCAAUGUCCAGCUAACGAGCCGUGUUACAACAGAUACUACUCAACAGCCUCGGAAUAUGUUUGCAAGUGUGACAAUAAUAAUGUUGGUUACGACUGCUCUGUUGAUGUCUUCGCUACGUCUCAGCAAACCUGUUACGGUUCAUCUUGCACGAAUGGAAUCUUCACGUCUCCAAACUGGCCCUCAGAUUACGACAACUUAGAUGCAAGGGUCUAUCUCAUCUUCGUCCCUCUUGCAAUUCGUCUGUCCUUCACAUUCGACCCAAACUUUGCUGUGGCCUUUGGUGACGAGCUUUACAUAGGAGCAGGGUUGACAUUCAACAUCGAUUCGGACUUGAAUGCCGCGAGCGACCCAGCAAAGCAGGUGUAUUUUUUCAGGGGCAACUCAGCCCCGAGUGAAAUAAAGCUCGAUACAGAUUCUGCGUGGUUGUUUUGGCGUACUGAUAAUGUUGUAACAUCCGCUGGGUUUCAAGUAAAAUGGGAAGCAACGCUAGAUGCCAUCCCACCAGACGUGGAAUGCCCUGUGGACCAAUUCUUUGAUGUCAGCGCUGGUACAACAUCUUCUCAAAUCUUUUACCAGGAACCCACAGCUUCGGACAAAGGACAAGUGAGAAUCCUCGAUCAGUCUCAUCGUCCUGGAGAUCUAUUUCCUUCGGAUGAUAAGACCAUAGUUGUCUAUAGAUUUGAAGAUGCAUCAGGCAAUGUCGCUCCCGCAUGCCUGUUCUACAUAUAUGUACUAAUGGACGAUGAUAACAUUCCACCUGUUGUUGAUUGUCCGGAUGACUUCACGGAAUACGUCCAGCUUGGUGUGACAUCAGCAGAAGUGUUCUUCGAAGAACCAAAGGCAGUGGACAACGGAGGUCCUGCACAUGUUUUUGCUUAUACCCAUGAACCCGGGGAUACAUUUCCUCUUGGAUCUACCCUGGUCUCUUAUACAUACGUAGACAUCGCUGGGAACUUAGCUCCGGAGUGUUUAUUCAAUGUCAUUGUCAUGGAUACUUCAGAAGACACUACCCCACCGGUGGUGAACUGUCCUUCGGACAUCAGCAGACCAGUUACCUUUGGGAUGUCAUUCCUUGAAGUCACCUUCCCGGAUGCCACGGCGACGGAUAAUUCGGGCAUGGCGUCUUUUGUAAGUGUGUUUCCUCCGUCAGGCAGUUCUUUCUCCCUCGGGACAACAGACGUCAUCUUCAGCUUCAUCGACCCGAGUGACAAUAUAGGAAGCUGCACAUUUACCGUGACGAUUUAUGUAGCUGAUACAACACCUCCAGAUGUGACCUGUCCUGCAGACAUAGAUCGAUCAGUGCCCCGAGGAGUUACCGCUCUCGAGGUGUUCUUCCCAACUGCAACAGCCACGGAUGACUCCGGUACAACGUCUCUAGUUAGCGUGGACCCGCCAUCUGGUAGUUCAUUCCCACUUGGACCAACUGAAGUCAGAUUCACAUUUGAAGAUGAUACUGGAAAUGAAGGAUAUUGCACGUUUGUCAUUACUAUAAACACAUUACCCGAUACAACUCCUCCAGUGGUGAUCUGUCCCUCAAACAUCACCCGUCCGGUGCUUCCUGGAGUUACCUCACUCGAAGUGUUCUUCCCAACUGCAACAGCCACGGAUGAAUCUGGUACGACGUCUCUUGUUAGCGUGGACCCUCCAUCUGGUAGUUCGUUUCCGCUUGGACCGACUGACGUUAGAUUCACGUUUGAAGAUGACGCUGGAAAUGAAGGAUAUUGCACGCUUGUUAUUACUAUCACAACAAUACCCGAUACAACUCCUCCAGUGGUGAUCUGUCCCUCAAACAUUACUCGCCCGGUGCUUCCUGGAGUUACCUCUCUUGAAGUGGACUUUGCAACUGCAACAGCCACCGAUGAUUCCGGUACAACGUCUCUAUUCAGCGUGGACCCUCCAUCAGGAAGUUCAUUCCCGCUUGGACCAACUGAAGUCAGUUUCGUGUUCAUAGAUGAAUCUGGAAACGAAGGCUCUUGCACAUUCUUUAUUUCUAUAGUCACAAGCACAAUACCCGAUACAACUCCUCCAGUGGUGAUCUGUCCCCCAAACGUCACUCGCUCGGUGCUUCCUGGAGUUACCUCUCUUGUGGUGUUCUUCCCAACUGCAACAGCCACGGAUGAAUCUGGUACGACGUCUCUAGUUAGCGUGAACCCUCCAUCUGGAAGUUCAUUCCCGCUUGGACCAACCGACGUUAGAUUCACAUUUGAAGAUGAUGCUGGAAAUGAAGGAUAUUGCACGCUUGUCAUUACUAUAAACAUAUUACCCGAUACAACUCCUCCAGUGGUGAUCUGUCCCUCAAACAUUACUCGCCCGGUGCUUCCUGGAGUUACCUCUCUUGAAGUGGACUUUGCAACUGCAACAGCCACCGAUGAUUCCGGUACAACGUCUCUAUUCAGCGUGGACCCUCCAUCAGGAAGUUCAUUCCUGCUUGGACCAACUGAAGUCAGUUUCGUGUUCAUAGAUGAAUCUGGAAACGAAGGCUCUUGCACAUUCUUUAUUUCUAUAGUCACAAGCACAAUAGCCGAUACAACUCCUCCAGUGGUGAUCUGUCCCCCAAACAUCACUCGCUCGGUGCUUCCUGGAGUUACCUCUCUUGAGGUGUUCUUCCCAACUGCAACAGCCACGGAUGAAUCUGGUACGACGUCUCUAGUUAGCGUGAACCCUCCAUCUGGAAGUUCAUUCCCGCUUGGACCAACCGACGUUAGAUUCACAUUUGAAGAUGAUGCUGGAAAUGAAGGAUAUUGCACGCUUGUCAUUACUAUAAACACAUCACCUGAUACAACACCUCCAGUUGUGACCUGUCCUGCAGAUAUAGAUCGGUCAGUGCCCCGAGGAAUUACAUCUCUUGAUGUAUAUUUCUCAACUGCAACAGCCACAGAUGACUCUGGCAUGACGUCUCUAGUUAGCGUGGACCCUCCAUCUGGUAGUUCGUUUCCGCUUGGACCAACUGAAGUCCGAUUCGUAUUUCAAGACGAAGCUGGAAAUGAAGGAAAUUGCUCGUUUGUAAUUACUAUAAGCACAAUACCUGAUACAACUCCUCCGAUUGUAACAUGUCCUCCAAAUAUUACGCGUUAUGUGCCUUCUGAAGUGAGCUCUCUUCAGGUAAACUUCUCAAGUGCAACAGCCACAGAUGACACCGGCACCACGUCACUACUCAGCGUGGAGCCUUCGUCUGGCAGUUCCUUUCCUCUUGGAACAACUGAAGUCAGAUUCGUGUUCCUAGAUGAAGUUGGAAAUGAAGGAUUCUGCACUUUCGCGAUUACUAUAAUCAUGCUUGACAACAUUCCACCGGAAGUGACGUGUCCUUCCAACAUUACCCGGUUCGUCCCUCAAGGAUCAGAUUCUCAGAGGGUUGUCUUCCCAUCUGCAACAGCCAUUGACAAUUCCGGAAAGACGUCUUUUGUCAGUGUGGACCCUCCUUCGGGUAGUCCAUUCCCUCUUGGCUCGACGGAAGUUAUAUUUGAAUAUUCUGAUCCCAGGGGAAAUGUCGGAAGCUGCUCGUUUUUUAUCACCAUCACUCCAUUAGGGCCGACUAGUUGCGGUGGCUCAACAUGUGAGAACGGGGCGACUUGUGUGACCUCAGCAGAUAGUUUUCAAUGUGCAUGUGUUCCAGGCUUUGUAGGCAGACAGUGUGAAAUCGAUAUCAAUGAGUGUUCAAGUUUACCCUGUAUGAAUGGAGGAACCUGCAUCGAUGGUGUUGAUCGAUUCUCAUGCCUCUGUCGACAGGGUUUCUCCGGUAUCAACUGUGAAAAGGUUGAAAUUUGUGAUCUAGAAGGUGAUUGGUACAACGAAUGCAAUGAUCGGCUGAGUCUCUCACCUACCUCGACUGGGCUUAUCUUAGGGUUUUAUCACACCAACAAUGAAAUAAGUACAGGAUACACCGAUCCGACGGUCGUCAUAGGUUACAUCAACCUAAAGUGCUAUUUCUCAUCCUUUGGGUUUAUAGUUAGUUGGAACAAGGGCCAAUCUACGGGCGGUUGGUCGGGUCAGUGCCAUUUAUGUGAUGGUCAAGAAGUUCUUUACACUACAUGGACAACCAGGUUACGAGUUAAUACUUGUGACGACACUAGAUUAGCUACACGAGUUGGACAAGAUAAAUGGACUCGAUACCAGCAACAUCCUGCUCCGCGUGAAGCAUGAAAACAAUCCAAAUUUAAAAUUAUAUUUCUUCGCCAUUUCUCGGUUUCUGUCAAAGGUCAAGUCCACCCCACAAACUUGAAUUAAUAGAGAAAACUCUAAAAGGAAUAAUGCUGAAAAAUGUUUAAAAAUCGGAUGUGAAAUAAAGACAAUUUUGACGUUUUACAGUAUUUUUUCAUUCACAAAGCAGUACAAUUCAAAACACGCAGACGGGUUUGAUAAUGAAUUAUUUUGAACUGAAUUAUUUAUUACUAUUAUGGCAUAAACGGUUUUAUUUCUAGAUGAAUUAUGGAAUUGCAAUUUUAUGACACGUAAUAAAUAAACCAUGGGGUUCUUAUUGUCAAAUUUACAAAAUUCAAAUAUUCUGUAUAUUUCAUGUAAUAAAAUACAGAAACAGUGAGUGUUCGAGUGUGAUGUAACCGGUUCUUUUAUUAUUGCAUAACAACCGUCUGAUGUUCUGAUAAUAUAACUGCAAUUUUAAAAUCGUAGAUCUGUCUCUUUUUGCAUGUUUUAUAUUCAAUUUUGAUGGAAUUUUCAACUUGAGACUUGUUUCAUAUAAAAUUGGGGUUUUCUUUUCAUAUCACAUUGUUGUGUUGAGGGUGGACUUGACCUUAUAAAGAACCCAAUAUACAAAAAAUAUAUAUCGUAUGUAUAUAUGUAUAUUUCUCUUUGAAAUACCGGCGGGGGAGUAACAUUGCUAUAAUUUGGACAUAUGUUUUUAGAUGGUCGAUGUUGGAUUAUUUUAUGAUGACGAUUUAAUCAGAAAAUGAUUAAUAAGUAAACAUAGUCGAUUUGAAAAUAUAAAUUUCUACAUGUAUUCAUUAGGUUACCGUAAAGAAAGGUCAUUGAUAAAGAUUUCUACUUCUUCGGUAUUUUCAUGAGAAUUUAUCAGUCAAAUCUGCAUGUCAUUACAAAUAUCACACAAAUGUAUAGAUUAAAUAAUUUUAUAUUUUGUCAACCCAAUUAUAACCUUAUACAUCAUAUCUUAUCAUUUCAGACCCUCCCAUGUGCCAUGGGUCCAUGGAAACAAAUUGUUUAGAAAUAAAUUAUAUUAUGAAAAGGAAGUUGAAAUCAUGAUUACUUUCAUGAAGUAAACCUUUUGAAAUGGUAUAUUCAUUCCAUAUGCUACGCUAUUGUGCUUUCAUGCUUUCACAUGCCACUUUUUAAGUAUAAUUUCCGGCGAUUUUUUUGUUAAUUCUCUUAGAUUCAAUUAACACAUAUUAAUUCAUUCA